CCAGUAGAAACUGUGAAUGGUGUUAUGUUGUUUUUUUAUUAACUAUUAAUUGUACGACAUUUUUAACCAAACAACAAACUAUUUAUUAUAAAUAUUAAUGUAUCUAAUUAGUUACCUAAUUGUUUAUACCUAUCAUUUAGUGAUAGUUUAACUAAUUGUGUGAGUUGUCAUCAUCCUUCUGGACGCGAGGGUCGAUCACCUUUUUUAUUAUUAUUAUUAUAAAUCAUCAAUCAUUUUUCAUCUUCAUCUUUAAUCAUCAUCUUCAUCAUCAUUGAUACAACAUCUUAUUAUUAACUAGUGUCUAUUUCUUUCUCUCUCUCUCCAUCUUAACAUUUUCUAAAAGAAAAAAAAUAAUACGAUGGUCAACGUUCCUAAUCAUUCAACCAUUUUUUUAUCUCUUCUGUGUCUUAUUGCUUGUAGUAUAUCAAUUUUCACUCUAAUCAGAAAUAUUCAAUUGGAGAAGCGAUUGGCUUCAUUAGAGACUUUACCUGUUUCGUCCAGUAGGAUUAAACGAUCAAAUCCAGAAUGUAAUUGUCCACAGGGUCCACCCGGUAAAAGAGGUAAACGGGGUAAAAAAGGUGAAUCAGGAACAAUUGGAUCCCCUGGACCAGUUGGACCGCCUGGAAAGCCUGGUUUCCCUGGUGCUAUUGGAAUAGAUGGUCCCAAAGGUGAUCCUGGAGAAAAAGGUGAUAAAGGAGACAAAGGAGAAAGUGGAUUUGAUUUAUUCACAACAACCAAGGGUGGAGUUAAACGGUCAGUCACUCAAUUACAAGGAGGAUCACUCGGGUAUGCUGAGAUAAUUGCUCUCAAGGGAUUAGCAAGUCUGGGUGUUACUUUAUCGCCUGGUGAUUUAUUAUUGUUAAAAGGUGAACCUGGUAAUGCUGGUCCACCGGGUCCCCCUGGUCCUCCUGGUUUAACUGGAUUACCUGGUUUUGAUGGCAGAAUAGGAUCUCCUGGUGAACCGGGACCCAGAGGUGAACUUGGUCCACCGGGGCCAACAGGUCCUCUUGGCCCAAUAGGUAAGGAUGGUUUACCUGGACCCAAGGGUGAUAAAGGAGACAAAGGUGAUCGAGGAUUAACAACAACACUAGAUGGUAAUGCCUUCCCAACGGGAUUUAUUGAAGGACCUGCAGGUCCACCCGGUCCUCCUGGACCCGCUGGACCCCCAGGGCGAAAGGGUAAACCUGGUAAAGCUGGUCCACCCGGUGACGCAGGACCCAAAGGUGAGAUCGGUAUUGGAGCUAAAGGCGAGAAAGGUGACAUUGGAUUACCUGGUCCUCAGGGUGAACAAGGUCUUCUAGGUCGAGAUGGGCUGGAUGGCACAGCGGGACCUCAAGGUCCUCCUGGACCUCAGGGUGAAAGAGGCGAUAAGGGUCAUCAGGGUGACAUGGGUCCACCAGGUAUGAUGGGCCCACCUGGUUUACCUGGACCACCAGGAACAAAUGGAGGGAAAGGUGACAAAGGUGACAAAGGUGAUCUAGUGCCUCAAGCAAUGAGAUACAUCAAAGACUAUGAAGCAUUUGGUGAUAGGAUUGAAUCUUUAUCAGGACCACCAGGCCCUCCAGGACCACCGGGCUUACCUGGUAUCCAUGGUCCUCCCGGUAUAAAAGGUGAUCCUGGAAAUGAUGGAUUAAGAGGUUUUCCAGGUGAAAAGGGUGACAGAGGUGAUCAAGGAGCUAUGGGAUUACCUGGACCUGAAGGUCUUAAAGGUGAACAAGGAUUAAUGGGUCCUCCUGGUCUUGACGGGAUGAAGGGUGAUCGUGGUGAGACUGGACUUAGCGGAGAGAAGGGUGUUACUGGAUUUCCGGGAACUGAUGGAAUCCCUGGCUUACCGGGACCCAAAGGUGACAAAGGUGAUUCAGUGUUAACGGGUGAUCAAGGUCUUGUUAAUCGUAAUGGAUUAGUAGAUGAAGGAUCGCCACGGGUUCAGGGUCCUCCUUCUGGUCUUCUUCGUGGUGAAUAAGGUGGUGAUGUUAUGAUGUGAUUCGAGUCAUCAGGUUAAUUUAUCACAUCGAUUUUGAUUGCCAACAAACAUAUCAAUCUAUCAACUCUCUCUCUCUCUCUUUCUUUAUCUCUUUCUCUUAAUCAACUCUUAUUUUGAGCUGUAAUUAAGAACCAUCAUCAUCUUGUACAACAAUAUAACACAUUGUUGAGAUUAACUUUUAAUUUCAACAACUUUAAUUAACUUUAAUCUUUUUGAUAAUAAAAAAUUAUUCGAUGCCAA